AUGGCAUUGGCUCUCGUGGUGCGCUCGCGUCUAAUGUUCUUGUUAGUGAAUGACUAUCGAACGACGAGAGUUGCCGAAGUGCUCUCCGAUUUCCGUACUUUACAAUACUACAUCGCAGCAGCACCCACAGACCCCAGCAACAUGGAAGACUACUACACAGAAGGCUGGGCGGCUUUGCGCCAAUGCUCCCUCGAUGGGCAGCACAUUCUCAACUGCGCCGCCGACACCAGCGUUCCACAAGCAAGUGGCGGGACCCUUGAGCAGGAGAAGGCGGAGCUGAGGCAAUGCUUGCUUGACGCGUUCUCCAGAAGACACGAGUGCCAAAAGAUCUACCUACGACAAGCUGCUGCGCAGCGAUGGGUUACCAACAGGGAUGGCAUUCUGCAGGGCGCUCGACCGAACUCGAGAAACCAAUCGCAUCUGAGAGCGUGUGAUCAACAGCUAAGAGCUGAGCUCGCUACCGUCACCGACGAGGCGAUCUACAACGAACUGCAGGCAUCAGAUGCCGCAAUGGGCCGCUGGACGGCUGAGGACCCAAGUCAACGAGCUGUGCAGCGCUGGCUCCGCGCACGUCGACCGUGA